CUUUGCUAUCUUCAGUUCAGUCUCCAUGACGACCCUACAGCUGUUUGAGCUGUUUUUUUAUAACCUCUAAAAACUUUAUGAAACACUCACCGAUUUGAUCAAUCAACCGAGGAGAGACAAAUUCAAAGGCACAGGUGUUGUACGCAAAAGUUAUGUGCAAGAGAUACCAAGAUGAGUUCACGAAAAAUGGGUUCUUCAAGCUUGAAAGAUUCUGAGGCAAAAGACCACGAUGGAAGGUUGUCCAUAAAAGUUGCAGAAAGACCUACAUUUAUUUUGAAAACUAGGGAAGGAGAAAGCCGUGCUGUAUCACCUAGUCAGCGCAAUGGAGUCAAAAAAGAAACUGAAACUCAAGCGAACACCUCAGCCAAAAGCCUGGAACCACGCAAAUUGAUAUCGAAUUGCAUCGAGAUGACGAACUGCAUCAAAUUUAUGGAUGAAAGUAUGCAACUGUGUGAAAAUCCAUUGGAUUAUUUGUACGAUCAACAGGACUUUUUGGUUGUUGGGGUAUUGGGACCCCAAGGUGUUGGAAAAUCGACGAUCCUUUCUCUUUUAACGUCGAAUUAUGCGUCGAAUAUUUUUGCGGCACAAAAACUUUCGCAUCAUGAGAGCGGCGCUAAUUGCACGAGCGGUAUUGAUUUCUACGUGACUAAAAACAGAGUUAUAUAUUUAGACACACAACCCAUACUUUCCGCAUCUGUAAUCGAUCACUCCGCUACCUAUGAUCAGAAAAAAAAUUCAACUGAUUUUGCUAACAUCGAAAGUAACCUGGAACUUCAGUCGUUGCAAUUCGUCGCAUUUUUAUUUUCAGUCUGUCACGUUAUUAUAUUCGUACAGGACUGGUUUGUAGAUCCCAAUUUGGUGAGAUUUCUUCAAACCGCUGAAAUGCUGAAACCUUCAUCCACGACGAACAUGGACCAAGAUUACGUCGAAUACUACCCUCAUAUUUUAUUCCUUCAGAAUAAAGCAGAAAUUCACGAUUUUUUGCCGAGUACAUUGGAAACGAUGAGAGAUUUUUAUAGCAGAGCAUUUGCUACUUCGAGAUUACAAACUCGAAGUGGUUUGCACAUGAACUCGAAUUCGGUCGAUCUGCAAUUCAAUUUAUUUCUAAUACCAAAUAUUAAUUUGGAUGACGAGUCAACGAGUUGGGCAAACGAACAACUGAAAUUUGACGAAAAAGCAAGAAACGAGUUAAUCGAAGAAUUGCGUAAAAAGAUACAUGGUGUUUCGCGAAAUUCCAUGACCCCCUCGGCGCUCACGGAGAAAAAUUGGUAUCAUUAUGUUUCGAAAGUAAUGGAGGCCAUAAAAAAAAGUCAUCUUUCCCUGGAAUACGGAAGGCUCAUGCCAUGAAACGGCAUCGUCCGAUUCUUACAUUACACCAUUGCGAUUGGAAUUUUUCGUCACUGUCGAUU